AGGUCUGCGAAACACUGAUCAUUUUUCUCAUCCCAAAGGAAUAGUAGAUGGGUUGUCCUUGUACAAAAUAUGGUAUCCACCUGCACUUCAUUACAGAGCUGCAUUUUUGUACAUACCACACCACAAGAUCACUAUGAUGACAUAGCAGCUUCAGAGCACAGCGUGACUAGGGCUUUUUUUUUUUUUUUUCCCUCUUGUAACACAGAGGAUCUGGCAGACGUUUACCUCCUGACACUGUUUACAGCAUAUAUUGGUUGAUACAGUCCCUUAUUGCAUCUGCUCUGGGAAUUAAGGAAAGCAGCUUCAAGGCGGUAAGGAAGGAGACGCAUUGCAAAGAUGACUCUAAACUCCCUACCUGUCUUUCUGGUAUUGAUUAGUGGCAUUUUUUGCCAAUAUGACUAUGGUCCUGGAGAUGAUUACGGUUAUGAUCCUUUUGGGCCUUCUGCAGCAGUCUGUGCCCCAGAAUGUAAUUGUCCUUUAAGCUAUCCUUCUGCCAUGUAUUGUGACAAUCUUAAACUGAAAACCAUUCCAAUUGUACCUAGUGGAAUAAAAUACCUUUAUCUCCGAAACAAUAUGAUCGAGGGCAUUGAAGAGAAUACAUUUGAUAAUGUAACAGACCUGCAGUGGCUGAUCCUAGAUCACAACCAUUUGGAAAAUGCAAAAAUUAAGGGAAAAGUGUUCUCUAAGCUAAAAAAUCUGAAGAAACUUCAUAUUAACUAUAACAAUUUGACUGAAGCUGUUGGACCCCUCCCCAAGAUGCUGGAUGAUCUGCAGUUAAGUCACAACAAGAUCACAAAAGUCAAUCCCAGUGCACUCGAGGGGCUGGUGAAUCUGACUGUCAUUCACCUUCAGAACAACCAGCUGAAAGCAGAGUCUAUUUCUGGGGCUUUUAAAGGCCUGAAUUCACUCCUGUAUCUUGACCUAAGCUUCAAUCAACUUACAAAGCUACCAACAGGACUGCCUCACUCCUUGCUCAUGCUGUAUUUUGACAAUAACCAGAUCUCCAAUGUUCCUGAUGAGUACUUCCAAGGUUUUAAAGCCUUGCAAUAUUUACGUUUAUCCCACAAUAAAUUAACAGAUUCUGGAAUACCUGGCAACGUCUUCAAUAUCACAUCACUGGUUGAGCUGGAUCUCUCAUUUAAUCAGCUGAAAAGCAUUCCUACCGUCAGCGAGAACCUCGAAAACUUCUACCUCCAAGUCAACAAAAUAAACAAAUUCCCACUGAGAAGCUUCUGUAAGGUUGUUGGACCAUUGACCUAUUCCAAAAUCACACAUUUGCGCCUGGAUGGAAACAAUCUCACUCGGGCUGACCUGCCUCAGGAGAUGUACAACUGCCUUCGGGUAGCAGCCGAGAUCUCACUGGAGUGAGGCACCUCCUUUCUCCUUCUAGGGGUCAAAACUAAAUGAAUUACACCACAAUAGUUGUUUAAAAUUAGGAUAUGCCUUUAAAAAAGUAUCAAUCUGCGUAUUAUCCAUUCUGUUUGUUAAUAUUUAGCAUGCACUUGGCAACCUUAAGGAAGUAUCUUUGUGCAUAUUAUUUACAAAUGACCACAUUUAUAAAGUUUAUGAAUGGCUUGAUUCAGCACAAGAUAAGCCCUCAUCUGGC